AUGAGUGUAAAUGAUGUUGGAGGAAGACGACGCUUUGAGGAUAGCGAGUACACACUGCACAUAUACCCCGGGAGCAUCGCAGAAGGGACUAUCUACUGCCCCAUCACUGCCAGGAAAACCUCCACGGCUGCUGAGGUGAUUGAGUCACUCAUUAACAAACUACAGCUGGAGAAAACAAAAUGUUACGUCCUGGCCGAAGUGAAGGAGUUUGGUGGGGAGGAAUGGAUCCUCAACCCUACGGACUGCCCUGUCCAGCGCAUGAUGCUGUGGCCUCGCAUGGCGCUGGAGAAUCGCAUCAGCGGCGAGGAUUAUCGCUUCCUCCUGCGGGAGAAGAACCUGGACGGCUCCAUUCACUACGGGAGCCUCCAGUCCUGGCUGCGGGUGACGGAGGAGCGGCGCAGGAUGGUGGAGCGUGGCUUCCUCCCCCAGCCGCAGCAGAAGGACUACGAUGACUUAUGUGGGCUGCCAGAUUUGAACGAGAAAACACUCCUGGAAAACCUCCGAAACCGCUUCAAGCAGGAAAAAAUCUACACCUAUGUCGGCAGCAUCCUCAUCGUUAUUAAUCCCUUCAAGUUUCUCCCUAUUUAUAACCCCAAGUAUGUCAAGAUGUAUGAUAACCAUCAGCUGGGGAAGCUGGAGCCCCAUAUUUACGCUGUGGCAGACGUGGCUUACCACGCAAUGCUUCAGCGGAAGAAGAACCAGUGCAUUGUGAUUUCAGGAGAGAGCGGCUCGGGAAAGACACAGAGCACCAACUUUCUGAUUCAUCACCUCACCGCUCUCAGCCAGAAGGGAUUUGCCAGUGGAGUAGAACAGAUUAUUCUUGGAGCUGGACCAGUGCUUGAGGCUUUUGGGAAUGCCAAAACAGCUCAUAACAACAACUCCAGUCGCUUCGGCAAGUUUAUCCAAGUGAACUAUCAGGAGACAGGCACCGUGCGGGGAGCUUAUGUUGAGAAGUACCUCCUGGAGAAGUCCCGACUGGUCUAUCAGGAGCACAAUGAGAGGAACUACCAUGUAUUUUAUUACCUCCUGGCGGGAGCAACCGAGGAGGAGAGAUCAGCAUUUCAUCUGAAGCAGCCAGAGGAAUAUCAUUACCUCAACCAGGAUUGUUUCUCCGUGGAAGGGGAGGACCUGAAGCAUGACUUUGAGCGGUUACAGCUAGCCAUGGAGAUGGUGGGAUUCCUGCCCAAGACACGCAGACAGAUUUUCUCUCUCCUCUCGGCAAUACUUCACCUGGGGAACAUCCGUUACAAAAAGAAGACCUACCGGGAUGACUCCAUCGAUAUCUGUAACCCUGAAAUUUUGCCGAUUGUGUCGGAGCUGCUGGAGGUGAAAGAGGAGAUGCUGUUUGAGGCCCUGGUUACCAGAAAGACAGUGACAGUAGGGGAGAAGCUGAUACUACCCUACAAACUGGCAGAGGCUGUGACUGUGAGAAACUCCAUGGCCAAAUCAUUGUACAGUGCCCUGUUCGACUGGAUCGUGUUCAGAAUCAACCACGCACUCCUCAACUCCAAGGACAUGGAGGAAAGCACCAAGCUUGAAAACCUUGUUCAGCCUAAUGUCUUCUGUCAUGGCAGGGGCUCAACUACAUCCAUGGAGCAUCAGUGCAGUGCUUGUAAAUCUGGUGUGGUACUUGAUAUUUUUGGGUUUGAAGACUAUGAAAACAACAGUUUCGAACAGUUCUGCAUUAACUUUGCCAACGAACGUUUGCAGCACUACUUUAACCAGCACAUCUUUAAACUGGAACAGGAGGAAUACAGAGCAGAAGGAAUUAGCUGGCACAACAUCGACUACAUAGACAACUCCAGCUGCAUCAACCUGAUCAGCAAGAAGCCAACAGGCCUGCUCCAUCUGCUGGAUGAGGAAAGCAAUUUUCCUCAAGCCACAAACCAGACGCUGCUGGACAAAUUUAAGCGUCAACACGAAGGGAACUCCUACAUUGAAUUUCCAGCAGUCAUGGAACCAGCUUUCAUCAUCAAACACUACGCGGGCAAAGUGAAGUACGGAGUGAAGGAUUUCCGUGAGAAAAACACGGAUCACAUGCGCCCGGACAUCGUCGCUCUCCUGCGAAGCAGCAAGAAUGCCUUCAUCUGUGGGAUGAUUGGGAUUGACCCCGUGGCUGUGUUCCGCUGGGCAGUGCUGAGGGCUUUUUUCAGGGCCAUGGUGGCUUUUAGGGAGGCUGGAAAACGCUACGUGGAGAAGAAAACUGGGCAUGAUGAUGCAGUGCCAUGUGCGGUUUUGAAAAGUGUGGAUAGUUUUAGCUUUCUCCAUCACCCAGUCCAUCAGAGGAGCUUAGAGAUCCUGCAGAGAUGCAAGGAGGAGAAGUACAGUAUCACUCGGAGGAGCCCACGGACACCACUCUCAGAUCUCCAGGGAGUCAAUACCAUCAACGAGAGGACCCAGCGUGAUGCCUACGCGGUCGGCUGGAAUGGCCGGAUGGGGAUGAGGCACAGCAGGCUCACCAGCCCCGGCACCUUCCUCGACAAAGAUGGGAUAUUUGUCAACGCAACCAACAGCAAACUGCUGGAGAGAGCCCACGGCAUCCUCAUGCGAAAUAAGAACUUCAAAGCCAAACCAAGUCUCCCAAAGCACAUGCUGGAUGUUAAGUCCCUCAAGCACCUCACGAACCUGACGCUGCACGACCGCAUCACCAAAUCUCUUCUUCAUCUCCACAAGAAGAAAAAACCACCCAGCAUCAGUGCCCAGUUCCAG